CCCGCCGGGGCGGGAGUGGAAGCCGGAUCCCGCUCUUUCGUUUUCGUUUCCCGGAAGGAUAGAGAUUACCGGAGCGCCCUUGUGAGCCUGCUCGCCCCGGGAACCCGAGGCCACCCGGCGCUUCUCUUCUCGAAAGAGAUUUCCUCCUAGGCCACCUUCCAGUUUUGGGAGCCGAGUUAGGGGUUGGGGGAAGGAGGCCCAGCAGCCGCAGCCGGCGGAGCGCUCACGACGGACAGCCGGUGGCUCCCUCACCUCUCCACCUGUGAUGCAGGAGGGAGAAUUGGCCAGUUUUUCUGUGAGCCCCGAGGCAGCCACACCACCCCCAGGCACCCAGGCCAAAUUGGAAGCUGGAAUGGACUUGCUGGGUGAAGGGGGAAUCUGCAAGCUGCCAGGAAGACUCCGCAUCCAGCCGGCACUCUGGAGCAGGGAGGACGUGCUGCACUGGCUGCGUUGGGCCGAGCAGGAGUACUCUCUGCAGCGCACGGGGGAGCACGGCUUCGAGAUGAACGGCCGAGCACUCUGCAUCCUCACCAAGGAUGACUUCCGGCUUCGUGCACCUGGUUCAGGUGACGUCCUGUAUGAGCUGCUUCAGUACAUCAAGACCCAGCGGCAAGCCCUGAUGUGUGGGCCCUUUUUCGGAGGGGCCUUCAGGCAGAAGAUGCCCCCUCAGCACUGCCCCUGCCUCCUGGAAGAGGGGACUGGGCGACCUCAAUUGGCCCCCCGAACGGGUCUCCUGCAGCAGCCACCACACCUGGGGUUUGCCAGCUCCUUGAGCCACCUGGCCAGGUGGCCCCUUGGCAGGGAGGACUCCCUCAACGUAUCUCACUGUUCAGAGCUCAGCUGCAGGGCUGAGGGAGCCUGCUCCUCCCCCAUGAUGCCGGAGGCUCCCAUUGAUGGCAGGAUCGCUGAUUGCCGGCUGUUGUGGGAUUAUGUGUACCAGCUGCUCUCUGACACCAGGUACGAGCCCUACAUCAGGUGGGAAGACAAGAACGCCAAGAUCUUCAGAGUUGUGGAUCCAAACGGGCUUGCCAGACUCUGGGGAAACCACAAGAACCGGGUGAACAUGACCUACGAGAAGAUGUCACGUGCCCUGCGACACUACUAUAAGCUGAACAUCAUCAAGAAAGAACCUGGGCAGAAGCUCCUGUUCAGAUUUCUGAAGACGCCCAGGAAGGUCGUCCAGGACAGGGAGCAACCAGAGAGCCCGGAGCAGGGCAGGUUGGAUUUCAACGAGGAGAUGCUGCAAGUCUCUCCCUGAGGGGCAGGUGGAUUCUGGGUACCAACCGAGUCUCCCGGGAAGGCACCUGGCCGCACGGCGGCCUCCUCCUCCCUCCCAGGGCAGCAGGGAUCCCCAGCAGGUUUUGCACUCAAGGGAUCACAGCUGUUGUCUCUGACCUCAAAGCUGCCUGGGCAUCUGGGAGGCUGGGAACUGGGAAGCCUCACAUUCAGGACAUGGUGGGGUGGGGGGCAUCA